UGCUUGACUCUCUGCUUUUUUCUCCCCAGGUUCCUGCCGUUGAACUCUGAGGCACAGAAUGAUUUGGGAAGGAGCUGUGUUGCUCAGCGUGGUCCUGGGAAUCGGUGCUGUUCCCAUGGAUGAUCCCGAGGACGGGGGCAAGCACUGGGUGGUGAUUGUCGCAGGUUCAAAUGGCUGGUAUAAUUAUAGGCACCAGGCGGAUGCAUGCCACGCCUACCAGAUUGUUCACAGAAACGGGAUUCCUGAUGAACAGAUCAUUGUGAUGAUGUAUGAUGACAUUGCCAACUCUGAAGACAACCCCACGCCAGGAAUCGUGAUCAACAGACCCAAUGGCUCGGACGUGUACGCAGGGGUCCUGAAGGACUACACUGGCGAGGAUGUGACCCCAGAAAAUUUCCUUGCUGUGUUAAGAGGUGAUGAAGAAGCAGUGAAGGGCAAAGGAUCUGGAAAGGUCUUGAAGAGCGGCCCCCGGGAUCAUGUGUUCGUUUACUUCACCGAUCAUGGAGCUACUGGAAUACUGGUGUUUCCUAAUGACGACCUUCACGUAAAGGAUCUGAAUAAGACCAUCCAGUACAUGUACAAACACAAAAUGUACCAAAAGAUGGUGUUCUACAUCGAAGCCUGUGAGUCUGGGUCCAUGAUGCGCCACCUGCCCUCCGACAUCAAUGUUUACGCGACCACGGCUGCCAACCCCACCGAGUCGUCCUAUGCCUGUUACUAUGAUGAGAAGAGGUCCACGUACCUGGGGGACUGGUACAGCGUCAACUGGAUGGAGGACUCGGAUGUGGAGGACUUGACCAAAGAGACCCUCCACAAGCAGUACCAGCUGGUGAAAUCCCACACCAACACCAGCCACGUCAUGCAGUAUGGAAACAAGUCGAUCUCUUCCAUGAAGGUGAUGCAGUUUCAGGGUAUGAAACACAAAGCCAGUUCUUCCAUCUCCCUGCCUCCGGUCAAGAACCUUGACCUCACCCCAAGCCCUGAGGUGCCCCUCACCAUCAUGAAAAGGAAGCUGAUGAGCACCAAUGAUCUUCAGGAGUCCAGGAAGCUCGUGGAGAAGAUCCACAGGCAUCUGGACGCUAGGCAUGUCAUCGAGAAGUCAGUGCAAAAGAUCGUCUCCUUGAUUGCGAGGUCCGGUGCUGAGGCGGAGGGGCUGCUGUCUGAGAGAGCCGAGCUCACGGCGCACGACUGCUACCGGGCAGCCGUGUCUCACUUCCGCACACACUGCUUCAACUGGCACUCACCCACGUAUGAGUAUGCUUUGAGACAUCUGUACGUGCUGGUCAACCUUUGUGAAAAACCUUAUCCGAUUGACAGAAUAAAAUUGUCCAUGGACAAGGUGUGCCUUCAUUACUACUGAAACACUGCCUUCCUGACGGGUUUCCACGUGGGAACACUGCCGCUCAGAACGCGUGCUAAUCCGGGCAGAAGAGGUAGAACAAGAGGGAGGCCAGCCUCCCAGGCCCUCCUGGGGAGCACGGACAUUCCCCGGGCCACCCUCUAGGCCUUGCACAGAGACCUGCUCACCGCUGCCUACUUCCCCAGCCUCCUGCAGGUCCCGUGUGAUGCUCCGAUAAAACCACAGAUUGGUGUGGGGAAAGCUCUGUUGAGUAUAAUUGCUUCUUGGGAGGUGUUUGUGCUCAUUGGUUUGAAGGAGCAGGAAGUUCACUGGGGCCUCUGUAGCCAGUGAAAGUCUGUUCUGCGGAAUUUGAAGCAGGUAGGGUGAUUUUAUCGAAGAGGGAUGUAUGCCCCAAAUGGAAAACUAUUUUUAGGAAAUCUCAUGAUUUUUGAUUGCUUUUGUAUCUUAUUUAUCAAUAAUGGGCAAAUCUCAAAAAAUAAAAUUUUAUAAUGGAAUCUGA